AUGGGUAUCCAGGGCCUGCUGCCGCAGUUGAAACCAAUCCAAAACCCUGUAACUCUACAUCGAUAUGAGGGGCAAACAUUGGCUAUUGACGGGUAUGCCUGGUUGCAUAGAGCAGCAUGUUCUUGUGCUUGUGAGUUAGCGAUGAAUAAACCUACUGAUAAGUACCUGCAAUUUUUUAUCAAACGAUUUGCAAUGCUUAAGACUUUUAAUAUUAGACCAUUUCUGGUUUUUGAUGGGGCUAACAUACCGGUCAAGAAGGAUACCGAAACAAAGAGGCGAGAAAAAAGAGUAGAGAGUAAGGCCAUCGCGGAGAGAUUAUGGAAAUCUGGUGAAAAAUCAAACGCCAUGGAUUUUUUUCAAAAGUGUGUGGACAUUACACCGGAGAUGGCUAAAUGCGUUAUUGACUAUUGUCGGAAUAAUGCACUUGCCUACAUAGUAGCCCCAUAUGAGGCCGAUUCACAAAUGGUUUAUUUAGAGAAGAUGGGAAUGGUUGAUGGGAUUCUGUCAGAAGAUUCGGAUUUGCUUGUCUUUGGUUGUAAGAAAUUAAUCACAAAGCUGAACGACUACGGUGAGUGCAUUGAAAUCGACUCUGCAGAUUUUAAAAAAUUACCAAGAAAGUUCCCUCUGGGUCAACUGUCACAAGCAAACUUCAGAACAUUAGUAUGUCUAUCGGGAUGCGACUAUACCAACGGGAUAGCAAAAGUCGGCAUCUUGACUGCCAUGAAGUUGGUGCAAAGGCUCAACUCGAUGGAAAAAAUAUUACUUCAAAUCCAAAGAGAGGGGAAACUAUCGGUUCCAUCCAAUUUUCUGGAUGAGUACGAGCUGGCAAAUUACGCCUUUCAGUUUCAAAGGGUCUUUUGUCCCAUGAGUGGCAAAAUUGUGCCCUUGAACGAGAUACCAGAUAGCUUACUGAGUUCUGAAAAGUGCGCCCAGAAGAUUGCGCGGUGUAUUGGACCAGUAAUUCACAGGGAGACCAAAGAAAAAGCUAUCACGAUAGAUUCUGACUCGAUCGAUCACAUCUUACACUCUAAGAUUGCGCAUGGUGACUUGAAUCCAUACGACUACAGGAAACCACUUGUUAAUCGAGAGCUCAAGAUAGAGCUAUCCUCUAAAUCAGAAAAUAAUUUAGGGCAACCGGCAUUGAAGACAAAAUCCAUACAUAGUUUCUUCAGCGUGCAAAAUCGCCAGAACGUGACAAUCCCCAAAAUGGGGAGUAACACAAAAAUGGCAGAUCCGAGCCAUCAUUCGGUGAGCAGCUACAAUCUAGGGGUCUUGCAACGCUCUACUGAACCUGACAAACUGACCAAAACCAUAAAUAGGCGGAAACUUGCCAUUCCUGGAAACACUAAAGAAACAACGGCAAGCAGGUUCUUCAGCAGCAGUAGUCGUACCCCAACUAUUGAGGCGAGGAUUGAUAAGGUUCCAGUGUUAGGAACAAGGACGAGCACACUAGAGGACGAUAUCGCUACUGAGGUACCUUCGUCACUUGCAUCUACCCAGAUUCCCAGCUCGUAUCCUGAGAUUCCAAACGGUAAAAGUUUUGAUUUGAAGGAUAGUGAUGAUCAGCAAGUCUCUCCAUUGAGCAGUCAAGAGGAUGAUUCUGAAGUACUGAGUGAAGUAGAGGAUAAUGGCGAGCCCAGAGCGACCGCAGUCCACUCAAGGACUACAUCAUAUGAUGAACGCAGGUCUCCCCAAACGAACAUUACAACCUUGGAAACAAGAAAUACCCUGUCGUCAAGAGAUAACGGAUCCGAGAGAAGAAUAGUAGGUUGUUCAAACAAACUGUCGCAGUUUCGGUACAACGGUCUCGGAGUAACGGCCCGUGAACCGCUGAGUUCUUUUGAUCCGAACAAGACACGUCCCAAAUCACAACUCGCCACGGCUCCCAAAUUAUCAUCCGAAAUUGACGGUAAAUUAAAAAGAAAAUCGAUUGUAAUGCAAGCUGGAGUGAAAAGGCGAUCUACGGAUGAUGACAUAGGGGGCCCCGUUGGCAUGAACGGCAGAAAAAAGGUAUGCGGCGUAAACAGACCAAUUGACCGGAAGCAAUUGAAGUUUAACAAAAGCCAAUCUGAACUCAGCCGAGGCUCGCAGCCUGUAAUUAGCAAUCGCCCGGCAGCAAGAUCCGUCUCUCUACUCUCUCAAUUUGCCUAUCGAAGUUAG